CCCAAACACGCAAACUGGGCCGAGAUAAGGCUCAGCCAUAUCAUAUGCACUACAUAUAGUGUACUGAAGCUGGGGAGGCGGCGGAACACCAAAGGUAUGAACGAUAGCACGCAUCUGGCGAUCUUGGACGACCCAGUCGGCUGCUGCAAGGGCCUGCUGCAUGCUGCUGCUGCUGCUGCUGCUGCUGCUGCUGCUGCUGCUGCUGCUGCUGCUGCUGCUGCUGCUGCUGCUGCUGCUGCUGCUGCUGCUGCUGCUGCUGCUGCUGCUGCUGCUGCUGCUGCUGGUGAUAAGCUCUGAGUUUGGGGCAAGCGGAACGUGCAAAGUUAAUCGGAGUCUGGGUAAGCCCCAUACGGGCACGGACUGAGUCCAUACGGGUCACAGAUGGCCGGGUCUGGGUACGGGGUUGUGCAUCACAAGUGGAUACGUGGGGGGUUGGAGGUGCGAGACACACGAAGACCCCGACGGCCGACGCGUCACGAACUCAAACAGCGGCACGCUGACACGAACCCCGGACGGCACCACGUAACACCGCACAACACGUAAAAGGCAAGGCACGCCACGACGCGUUUCGGCCUUGCCAGGGCCUCAUCAGGUGGCUUUAGCGUGAAGGACAGGCACGCGCACACGCCCCGUUCGACAGACGCACACGCAUGUUCACAUCGCACACGUCACUUCGAUGCUCACGCACAAACGUCCAACCAAAAGUACAAACCUUUCGUUUGUGAUAGUCCGGUGCUGGCUGUGUGGGCGAAAUGACCGGCGGAAGCGCGUCAAGGAGCAGGAUGAGGUCCAGAAGGUGUGCGUAGUCGCGUAGGCGUCAAAUAUGAUUCACAUGCGAGCAAAGAAAGCGGAAACAUAGGGGCACGGGGUCGGUAAGCGAGUGUAGAAAGGUCGAUUGAUGUUGCAAUGAUCGCGGGAGCGAGCGAGGUGCUCAGUUGCGCGCAGCGUGACGACAUGCAAAAUAAUAGGGUGAGGGCAGAGCAAGAGUGGAGUAGCAGUCUUUGGCGUUCGGCGUUCGGUGCAGAAAGCGGGAAGCAUGUAUUCGCACGGGAAGUUCCGGAGCAUUAUUUGCGUUGAACAAAAGCCAAAGCAGUAUGUGUCAGUUCCGAAAGCAAUAUGUUUUGAGAAAAACGUACGCAUUUUAAACGGGUGGGGCACAAGCAUGGGCGCGAAAAUCCAGAAGUACGGAGAUGCAGCGCUGCAUGCAAUUGCGAGUUUAUUGGCAAAAGCCAAGUUCACUUACAGUUGCUGCUGCUGCUGCUGCUGCUGCGCAACCCCGCCAUUGCGCAAGGGUCCCGUGGUGCAGGAAAACCGUGGGUGGCACCAUGCCGUACCGAUCAGUUUUGCAACUGAAAGGUAGGAGUGGUGCCACCUUCCGGCAAGCACCACCCACUACCUUCCAAAACGUCUUAAACAACCAUUAAAUCAGAUGUGGUCAGGGAAGACGGCUAGGAGCCAAGCAUGUGCCAGAGAAAGGCCGGUGAAUACGGGAUUGUCACGCCAGCUCGUGUGACCGGACACGGCGAGGGAUAGUGCUGGGAAAGCUGCCUAACGUCAGGGUUAGGGUUGUUGCGGCUGUCGGGUUUAGGGCAGUGUCAGUGCGGAACGGGUGCCUCCCGGGCUCCGGACGGUAGAAGGCUGAGUCAUUGCUAGCCUUAUUCUGCGGUGCUUUACGGGUGUGAAGUACGUUGGAACGCAGUUUGUAGAUGCCGUUAUGACGCGGCUAAGGAUUUGCGUAUCCGGAUGAGGCGAUUCCCCCUUGGGGCGCCGUUGUUUGUGUGGUCACCAGCUCGAGACGACUUGUUCUGUCUCGAGCUCUCUGGUACGGCUUGCUGGUUAGCGAUUUCACAGACAGAACCCCGCUGCGCCUAUACACGGCCGGUGGUAAUACGCGUUUAACCAACAAGAGGUCUUACCAGAAUCGAUAUCUCGUCAACCUAAAUUAGUCUGUGCGCUCAGCAAGGGGCAGUGAGCCACGCAGCACCACAUCAGUCAGGGCACGUCAGGAAGGCGUUAUCACGCGUUAGGGCGUGACAGGAUGGGUACCAUGUGGCAAAAAGAAACAAGUAACAAGUGCGUUGCAACUAUAUGAGCCUGGGCAUAUCUCGCUCAUAUUGCACGCAGUAGGCGGUUUGUGUAAACGGAGUUUCCCGCGAUGCACGUGCGGGGGGUCCAAGAAAGAGGCGGGCAAGAGCGGGUUGAGAAGCUUGUCCGUGACCCAAGGUCCUGGGGACCUCCGCCUGGUCACGGUCACAGUCGGGAUGGAAGUGAGGUAUGUGUUCACGGCCGUAGACCGUGAGGGCACAUAACCUCACUCAGGUCAUAGACGGUGCGACGAGGGGAGUAACAUAUGCCCAGAUGCGCGUGCAAGUGCCCCCAUGCGGACCCGUUCGGACUGGGAUUGUAGUCCCAUAAUGUCCUACGCGCUCAUCCAUACAGCGUCACGCUCCCUCGUUCAUAACACUGUACAGACUGCAAGAAGGGUCAAUGUGCUGCUGGUGAUAAGCUCUGAGUUUGGGGCAAGCGGGACGUGCAAAGUUAAUCGGAGUCUGGGUAAGCCCCAUACGGGCACGGACUGAGUCCAUACGGGUCACAGAUGGCCGGGUCUGGGUACGGGGUUGUGCAUCACAAGUGGAUACGUGGGGGGUUGGAGGUGCGAGACACACGAAGACCCCGACGCGUCACGAACUCAAACAGCGGCACGCUGACACGAACCCCGGACGGCACCACGUAACACCGCACAACACGUAAAAGGCAAGGCACGCCACGACGCGUUUCGGCCUUGCCAGGGCCUCAUCAGGUGGCUUUAGCGUGAAGGACAGGCACGCGCACACGCCCCGUUCGACAGACGCACACGCAUGUUCACAUCGCACACGUCACUUCGAUGCUCACGCACAAACGUCCAACCAAAAGUACAAACCUUUCGUUUGUGAUAGUCCGGUGCUGGCUGUGUGGGCGAAAUGACCGGCGGAAGCGCGUCAAGGAGCAGGAUGAGGUCCAGAAGGUGUGCGUAGUCGCGUAGGCGUCAAAUAUGAUUCACAUGCGAGCAAAGAAAGCGGAAACAUAGGGGCACGGGGUCGGUAAGCGAGUGUAGAAAGGUCGAUUGAUGUUGCAAUGAUCGCGGGAGCGAGCGAGGUGCUCAGUUGCGCGCAGCGUGACGACAUGCAAAAUAAUAGGGUGAGGGCAGAGCAAGAGUGGAGUAGCAGUCUUUGGCGUUCGGCGUUCGGUGCAGAAAGCGGGAAGCAUGUAUUCGCACGGGAAGUUCCGGAGCAUUA